CGCAAAAAACACCAACUGAAAUUCAAAACAAAAAAGACCCCUCCCACUUCUUCCUUUCCAAACCCUCAAAUUCAGACACACAACACAUACACAGUGUGAGUGACUGAUGGCUUCAUCAAAACAAGAUUUGGGCAAAAUGGCGGCGCCGGACCAAUGGCUGCUCGAACACGGCAACAUCAAGCUUCUCAGCCGAGAGAGGCGGGGCCGCAGCGCCCACAACAUGUCUUCUUCCUCCCUUAGGAAGAAAUCCGACCGCACCCUCGUUUCCAAGAUUCGGGUCGGGUGCCUGCGCAAGUUCUUGGCCAACCUUCAAGAAGUCUUGCUCGGAACCAAGCUCGCCAUUUUGUUCCUAGCCAUUCCUUUCGCCAUCCUUGCUGAGUAUCGCAAUUUCGGGAGGCCAUGGAUAUUUGCAUUGAGCUUACUGGGACUCACUCCACUAGCAGAAAGGAUCAGUUUUCUCACUGAGCAGAUCGCUUUCUUCACGGGACCAACAGUUGGAGGGCUGCUAAACGCAACAUGUGGAAAUGCAACAGAAUUGAUCAUAGCAAUUCUUGCACUUACCCAAAACAAAGUUGAUGUUGUCAAAUACUCUUUAUUGGGCUCCAUUCUCUCCAACCUUCUUCUAGUUCUUGGCACCUCUCUUCUUUGUGGAGGCAUCGUUAACAUCAACAAAGAGCAAAAAUUCGACAGAAAACAAGCGGAUGUGAACUCGUUGCUUUUGUUGUUGGGAUUGUUGUGCCAUCUUCUGCCUUUGAUGUUCACCUAUGUCGGAAAAACACCUGAGAUUACAGCAGUUGGAACGCUUCAACUGUCACGAGCUAGCUGCUUCAUCAUGCUCGUUGCAUACAUCGUUUACCUCGUCUUUCAGUUAUGGACUCACCGAGAAUUAUUCGAGGCAGACGAGGAGGGAGAAGACGGUGACGUGGUAGGAGAUGACGAAACUCCGGCCAUCGGAUUCUGGAGCGCGUUCAUUUGGCUGGUUCUGAUGACCGGAGUUGUGGCUCUACUUUCAGAAUAUGUUGUUGCUACAAUUGAAGCUGCAUCAGAGUCCUGGGGUUUGUCAGUGAGCUUUAUUAGUGUGAUUCUACUACCAAUAGUUGGAAAUGCAGCAGAACAUGCUGGAGCAAUUAUUUUUGCAUUCAAGAACAAAUUGGACAUAACUCUAGGUGUUGCUCUAGGAUCAGCCACACAGAUUGCCAUGUUUGUGGUUCCAUUAAGUGUGAUUGUGUCAUGGAUCAUUGGCAUCGACAUGGAUCUUAAUUUUAACCUACUUGAGACAGGCUCUCUAGCACUCUCAAUUAUAUUAACGGCUAUAACUUUGCAGGAUGGAGCAUCUCAUUACAUGAAGGGGCUAGUUCUUCUUCUAAGCUACUUCAUCAUUUCAGCAUGCUUCUUCGUAUACAAAUCUCCACUUAAUGGGGCUGACUCUAAUAACCUCGUGACCUCUCCUGGACAAGGAAUAAUGAGACUUUGAAUUUGAUCAGGUCUGCAGCUGCAGCUGAUUGAAUUCAUGUACUCAUUUCAUUGAAAUUGGCUUCAAGUUUCAUUCAAAGAACAGAAAAACGUGCGCUCAAAAUCGAGUCGAGUGGAUUCAAGUCGAGUCGAAUAUUCACGGACCGAUGAUUCUUGCUCGGAGAUGUAUGAUCUGAAAUGCUAUAUCUAAUGGCGGAGCAUUCAGUCCAGUUCUUUCUUUUUUUUUCCUUUUUGAUAAUUGUUUUAUGAUUGUGUUAUUUACCAUCUCGAGUUGUUUGUUUCACAUUUUAAUGAUAAUUGGACUUCCAAUUUCCAGCUGUGAUAUAUUGCAAUAAUAAAUCCAUGUUUGUGUACGGUCGGGUCAUGUAUUUUUAAUUUUUCAUGUAUAAAAAUGAAUGUUUUCGUGUUA